AUGGCUGAAUUCCCCGCGCUUCCAUCUCCAUCUGAAGGAGUUGCAUCUCUUGACAUUGAGACAUUUCUGGAAGCUUUGGAUGGCCCACCUCAACAAGGCCAGACAGAUCUCACGGAAAAUCGGCCACGCUUGCUGACGAUCGAUGUGCGUUCACCAGCUGAAUUUGAGGAGGGCCACAUCCCAGGAGCGGUCAACAUACCUCUUUUUGACAAUGAGUCGCGUGCGGUGGUGGGCACCGACUUCAAGCGCAAGGGCCGCUAUGAGGCAAUUCGUAAAGGAUUGCAGCUGGCUGGCCCCAACUUUGCCAGUUUCUUGGACACUUUGCAGGAGCAUGGGGCCAAACAUGGAAGCCGUUUGUUGGUUUAUUGUUGGCGCGGAGGGAUGCGCUCCGGGUCGAUGGCCUGGCUAUUCUCGCUGAGCGGCUAUGAGGUACAAACGUUGCAAGGCGGAUAUAGGAGCUAUCGCCGAUGGUGCAAGAAAAUGGUUGGGCCAGAUGCCAUCCCUCCUGCCCCAGUGAUGGUCUUGGGCGGAUGUACUGGUGUGGGAAAAACUGCAAUUCUUCACGAACUUCGCGCGAGAGGAAAGCAGAUCCUGGACCUAGAGGGAUUGGCAAAGCACCGGGGCUCUGCCUUUGGUGCGACUGGCAAGACUCAGCCAAGCAACGAGGCCUUCGAGAACAUUUUGGCCUUUGCCGUCCGAAGAGUACGCCCAAAUUGCUGCCUGUGGAUUGAACACGAGGCAAAACAUGUGGGCAAGGCCUUGGUUCCUUCGGGCAUUGCAUCCUGGGUCUCUGAUGCGACUCUUGGCGCUAUGGUGGUGAUCUCUAUGCCCAAAGAUCUGCGGGUACGUAGAUUGGUGCAAGAUUACUGCAGCGAUGCCAGCGAAGAGACCAGGGACCAGCUGAAGCAGUGUAUUUCCGGUGGUUUGGCCAAGCGAUUGGGCGGCCAGCGGGUCAAGGAUGCUUUGCGCUUGUUGGAUGAGAGCCGCUGGGAUGAGGUGGCAUCAAUGAUGUUGGAUUAUUAUGACACACUUUACAAGAAAUGGGCCAGCCAAAGUCGCAGCUCCAAAAGGAUCGAGGUGGAUUGUCCGACGCUUGACGCCGCAGGAAAUGCCGAUCUUGUUGUGCAAGCAGUUCAGCCUUUGGAGCUGGACCUUGGCAUUCAGACGCUCUCGGAACCUGUGGCCACUUCUGAAGCAACUGCUGAAGCUGCGGCAGUGGUCACGGCAGAGGUUACAGCAGAGGGGAACUGCCAGUGUGGCGAAGUGCAGAUUCUUUGCCGCGGCGACGCGCGAGCUGUGAGUUACUGCCACUGCUCCAUAUGCCGCCGCCUUUCCGGGUCGGCCUUCUCUGCCCAAGCUCUGUUUGACACUGCACAGGUUGAAGUGAGACUUCAACCCGGAGGCGGUCUCACCUCGUUUCGCACAUCCAAAGGAGUGGAGCGGUCGAGAUGCGCGUCUUGUAUGGCUCCAGUCCGCGGCCUGCUAGGAGGCAAGAUGGCUGCGGUCCCUCUGGGUUUGUUGUGUAGUUGGCGCGAGUCAGAUCAAUCCACUUUGAGGUGA